UGCAGAUCGGAGACCCCGGCUGCCUCCCCUGGCUCGUGCUGCCUUUUAAAGCAAACGGACGGCAUGCGAUUCCCCACUCGGCCAGAGGACGGGACCCAGUGAGGAGUUGCUGUGGCGUUCAUUCUUACCCCCCUUUCCUGUCGUCGCCCCCCAUUGUCCUUGUUGUUUAGUUGCCUUUUUAAUUUGUUCGUUUAUACGGUUAGCUAGUUUCAGUCAUGUAUCGGUAUUUCGGGGAGCUGCUGAGCCGCUCUGCGGGUAGCGCCCUUGCCUCCGGGUGCAUGGACGCCGCUCUCCCGGUGUCCUCGUCCCUGAUGCGGGUCCGUCACUAUGCGGACGCAGCGGACAAGCCUGACGACCCCAACUUCUUCAGGAUGGUCGAGGGCUUCUUCGACCGCGGCGCCACCAUCGUGGAGGACAAACUGGUGGAGGAUCUGAGGACCAGGGAGAGCCCCGAGCAAAAGAGGAACCGUGUGCGCGGCAUCCUGCGCAUCAUCAAGCCCUGUAAUCACGUCCUGAGCGUGUCUUUCCCCAUCAAGAGGGAUAACGGAGAGUGGGAAGUGGUGGAGGGGUACCGCGCCCAGCACAGCCAGCACAGGACACCCUGCAAGGGGGGUAUCCGUUACAGUACAGAUGUGUCUGUGGAUGAGGUGAAAGCCCUGGCUUCUCUGAUGACCUACAAGUGUGCCGUUGUCGAUGUGCCAUUUGGGGGAGCCAAAGCUGGAGUCAAGAUCAACCCCAGGAAUUACUCUGAUAAUGAGCUGGAGAAGAUUACCAGGAGAUUCACUAUUGAGCUGGCCAAGAAGGGUUUCAUUGGACCUGGCAUCGAUGUCCCGGCCCCAGACAUGAGCACAGGAGAGAGGGAAAUGUCCUGGAUUGCCGACACAUACGCCAACACCAUUGCACACACUGACAUCAACGCCCAUGCAUGUGUGACAGGAAAGCCCAUCAGCCAGGGAGGAAUCCAUGGACGUAUCUCAGCCACUGGUCGUGGAGUUUUCCAUGGCAUCGAGAACUUCAUCAACGAGGCGUCCUACAUGAGCAUGGUGGGCCUGACCCCUGGCUUCCAGGACAAGACCUUCGUUAUCCAGGGCUUUGGCAAUGUGGGUCUCCACUCCAUGAGGUACCUGCACAGGUUUGGGGCCAAGUGUGUAGGCAUCGGCGAGAUUGAUGGAGCCAUCUACAACCCAGAGGGCAUCGACCCCAAACAGCUGGAGGACUACAAACUGCAACACGGCACCAUUGUGGGCUUCCCAGGAGCCAAACCCUAUGAAGGGAACAUUUUGGAAGCCGACUGUCACAUCUUGAUCCCUGCUGCAGGAGAAAAGCAGCUCACACGUCAUAACGCCCCCAGGAUCAAGGCUAAGAUCAUUGCUGAGGGUGCCAAUGGUCCCACUACCCCAGAUGCUGACAAGAUCUUCCUGGAGAACAAUGUCAUGGUUAUUCCUGACAUGUACCUGAAUGCUGGUGGUGUGACAGUGUCUUAUUUCGAGUGGCUGAAGAAUCUCAACCAUGUCAGCUAUGGAAGACUGACCUUUAAAUAUGAGAGAGAUUCAAACUACCACCUGCUCAUGUCUGUGCAAGAGAGUUUAGAGAGGAAAUUUGGCAAGCAGGGAGGACCCAUUCCUAUUGUACCUACUGCUGACUUCCAGGCCAGAGUUGCUGGUGCCUCUGAGAAGGAUAUUGUUCACUCUGGGUUGGCCUACACCAUGGAGAGAUCUGCACGGCAAAUCAUGCGCACAGCAAGCAAGUACAACCUGGGUCUGGACCUGCGGACGGCCGCCUACGUCAACGCCAUCGAGAAGGUCUUCAAAGUCUACAAUGAGGCGGGGCUCACCUUCACAUAAAUGGCAAAUUAUGACCCAGACUUCCUCUCCCUCCCCCCACCCUCCUGCUAUUGAUCAGCCUCUCCUGCCCUCCUCCACCCACUAAACAGCCUUCAGAACAUAUCACUCUUUACCACUGCUCUUUGGCUAUUUCACACACACAUAUACAGCGACACAUUGGCUAGCCUGGUAAUUAUCCUGUGAUCUUUGUGCUGCCAUUAUACUGAAUCUGCAUCUCUGUUUAAAUAUUGUCCUGUUCUUGUUUUUGUCUGAGGUUAUCUUGAGGAAAAAGCAGAUAGAGAGCUAAGUCGUGAGAGAGAAAGAGACACCCUGUCCCUCCCUCAGCCCUCAUAUUAAUGGUAAUGAUAUUGUUAUAUGGCAGCCAUGUUCAAAGCACUCUUUUUCUGAUCGCUGAAUGCAUGUGUGACCCUUCUGUUGCGAUUGUUUCAGUUGAAAGCACUACAGAUGCCUUAUUUCAGAAAGAGGUCUGCUCUAAAAGGGAGCAGUUUAACUUUAAUCAAAAGGGAUUUAGAUUCAACUUCAUGUGAAUAAGAGAAUAGUAAUUUUAUGACUCUUCAAUUUGUCUUCUCUUUGACGCGUAAAGGGUAGUAGUGAAGUUGUCAAAGUAUAAGAUUCCCAACAAGGAUUUUUUUUUCAUAAUUAAUGUUUUUACCUUUCUAGAUUUCUGUAGAUGUUCUCCAACUCUUCGCCCCUUCCUUUUUUUCCUCCUUACACAUUGCUUUCUCUCAUCUUAAAAGCAGCUUCUCCCCAAUUCCUCCGCUGGCCAAGAGAGGGGAGCAGGGAGGGGGCAAGGUGUCACAAUGACCGCCUGUUUUAAGUUUUAACCGUCCAGUUCCACAACAUAGAAAUCAUUUUGGAGGAAAUGACUUUUUAUUUUUAUUUUAUUCAUUUUGUGGAAACCAAUAAAAUGUUCAGAAAAAG